UUACUUUGCGUACUUCGCCUUCACUAUCUACGAGGUCGACUUCAACCUCCAGCGAUCCGCAAAUGCAUACCACCAACUAGGCGUUCCGAUCGAUGUUGACGAUUCCGGCCUCAAUACGCGCUUUCGCAAGCUGGCAGUACAGUUCGCAUCCCGAUAAGCUAAGGAAGGCCACCCCCGAGCAACGAGAAAUGGCGAGCCAUCAUUUUGUACGCCUGACAGCGAUGCGGGACAUUAUUCUGGACCCAGUGAAGCGCUUCGCAUACGACAGGUUUGGACCAGACGUACAGUGCAACAAGUGCCUUACCAUCUCGGAUUAUGUUGAGUCGCAACUGUUCACUACGGGGACAACAUAUGGCGCAAUCAUUCUCUUUCUAGUCGGAGCGAAUGCGCUCGGGUACUUUUCUGAUGGCGCCUAUUGGCGCUACCUUGGCCUUCUCGCUGUCGGAACCCUCGAGGCCAGGACCGCGAUGCGACCAGAUUUCCCAAGCUUCCUGACGCUAUACUUGAACCCCUUCGUUACGAAGUGGGGCUUGCGACCCGCAUACCUACCCUUCCAGCUCACAUCGAUCAUCAAGAAAGCAUCGAUAUCCGCAGCCCAGUUCCUCGCGCUCCUCAUGCCACUCUACCGCCUUGACCCGCAGCAACCGCUCAAGCCGACCGAAGAUACGGAAGAUGCGCGACACAAGCAGCUCGAUCGCUUGAGCGCGUUCGUGGCGGAAACAAAUAGGGAAUCGGGGAGGCUUUUGGAGUUGGAGAGCAUACCGUACAAGGAGAAUGAGAAGGCGAAGAGCGAGCUGCGAGAGGCGUUCAAGAAAUAUAUGGUGCAGAAUGUGGUGCAUCAAGAGAAGGAUGUGCGAAAUGCUAUCGGGCAGAGCAUGGCGAGGAGGAGACAGGGUGUACCGCAUGGUGCGCAGGGAACGAGAUAGAAUGAAGUAGUAGCCAAGAACCAAGAUUUUGUCAUA